UAGAGUUUCAUGAAAGUGGAAACUUUGUCCGUCAGCUUUGUUGUAGCGUCGACUACAGCAGGAGAUCCUCUGGUCACCUACAGCGGAGAAACAACAACAACAAGGCUGCUGAAGCAGGUGUCAUGCAGUGCUCUCUGUGCAGGCUGCGUACGCACCAGUGGUGUUUCCUCCUAUUCAACGUGCUGCUCUUCCAUGCCUUGUUGUUCGGGGCUGACUUUGUCGAGGAGUACCUCCUGCAGCCAACGCCUGAUGUCUACACCGAUGGCACUGUUGCCGAUGUAAGGGAGAAAGCGAGGAAACUGGACCUGAGCGGCGCCAGGGAGAAUGUGUCCCAGGCCUACCCCAUCACUGGCCCCGACGCCUGCAGAAACUCCGACCUGUUCCUCCUCGCAAUAGUGUUCAGCUCCCCAGCGAACGUCACCCAGCGAGAUGCAGUCAGGAAGACGUGGGCCAACCAGACACUCAUCCAAGGCUUCCCAGUGAAGGUGCUGUUCUUCUUAGGAUCAACUCAGACUUCCAGUGCACAAGAGGCCCUCGUGAGAGAGUCCGACUGCUAUGGGGACAUGGUCCAGGGUCAUGCAGUGGCUCACUCGUCCCUCCGUGGCCCAACAGAGAGGACUGUGCUGGCAUUCCGCUGGGUGAUCACCUUCUGUCCUCUGGCACGCUUUGUUCUGCUGACCAAAGACUCUGUGUUUGUCAAUCUCCCUGCCAUCGGAGGCUACCUGCUCGGGCUGCACAGGCACCCCGAGAACCUUUAUCUGGGCAGGGUGAUCCAGAAGGACUCACCAGACCGAGACCCCAACAGUCCUGGCUACCUUCCCCCGGUUCUCUACCCAGACAAGUACCUGCCUGAAUACUGUGAUGGGACGGCUUACGUUCUAUCCCAAGAUGUGGUCCGGAAAGUGUACGUAGCAUCUGCAGCAGUCCACGCACCUGUGAAAGCUGAUGUUUUUGUGGGGCUCUGUGCUCAGAGGGCUGGGGUGGCACCAACCCACAGCGCCAGGUUCUCAGGGGACAAACAUAUCCGCUACAAUGCCUGCUGCUACGGUUAUCUGUUCGGCUCAGCGGGAAUGAGGAGCCAAGACCUGGAAACAGUUUGGGAAGAUCUGGGACAGAAGGGUGAAAGAUGCUCACUGUUAAAGACCUACUAUGGCCUGGUAACGUGCAAAGCCCUCACUUACCUGGACAAACUGUUCUUCUUCAAAUCCCAGGGACAAGCCUAA